AUGGCCAGGUAUCACGACGAGAAUGCAGAGGCGGCUGAUGACGUGGGACGUCACGACUGCCAUUUAGGACACCCGGCGAGCCGCAUGCAUGACCACCUCGACACCGUGCUUGUGCGAGUCUGGCCGGGGAGGCUCAGGAAAGAUGUCUUCCACACGGAGAGCCGCAUUGUUUCGGUGCUUGAGGCGGCCCGCACACAAGGCACGAUGGAGAGGGUGAGAAAGCCAUCUGUCUCAAGGAGAGAAGCCGAUCCAACCCAGCAUGUUUCGCGCAUCAUCGGACGAGAGCGCUUGGCGGGCGCUCGACGGGCGCUCGAGGAAGUGACGGCGAAUAGCACAACGCAGCCGACCAGCCGCCCCGACUCGCUGGACGUCAGACCGAAGAUCAAGCACACCCAAGGGGGCUCUUUAAAUUUUUGA